GAAGAAGAGCCAUCUCUCUUGAAUCUGGGGACUUUCAGAUUCUUGGGUUUUCUUUAUUUUGUCUUUGAAAGGAAAUUUUCUUGGGUCAAUCUUCGUAAUCAGACACGGAGUAUCCAGGAGGAAAAGAUGGGGAGAAAUCUCGGUUCAGCGUUUAGACAAGAGUUAGCUAAUCUUGACAAAGACCCAGAUACUUACAAGACUGCAAUGAGCAAUCUGAGAUCUAUUGUGAAAGAUUUGAGUGCAAAAGUGAUUCACGUGUUUGUUGCUCAAGUUUCUGAAACCAAAGAGAUCGGUUCUGAGUCAGGUGGCUACACGGUUUCUCUCUUCGAAGACCUUGCCCGUGCUCAUGGAGUAAAAAUUGCUCCCCAUGUAGAGAUGAUCAUGCCGGUUAUCAUCAGGACAUUGAGCUCUGGUGAAGGGUCCUUAGGUGUUCAACAGGCUUGCUCAAAGGCGGUAGCUGCUAUGGCUAGAUAUGGAAUUGAUCCUGCAACACCGGAAGAUAAGAAAAAGAAUGUGAUUCAUUCUCUUUGUAAGCCUCUCUCUGAUUCUCUUCUAGAUUCGCAGCAUCAACAGCAUCUUGCUUUGGGGUCUGCUCUCUGCUUGAAGUCACUUGUGGAUUGCGAUAACUGGCGAUUUGCUUCUCCUGAAAUGGUUAAUAAGGUUUGCCAAAGCUUAGCUGUUGCUCUUGAAGCCACUUCAAGUGAAGCCAAGUCUCAUAUGGCACUUGUCAUAGCUCUUGCUAAGCACAAUCCUUUUACCGUUGAAGCAUAUGCAAGGCUUUUGGUGAAGUCCGGUUUGAGGAUUCUGGAUUUAGGUGUUGUUGAAGGAGAUUCUCAGAAACGGCUUUUAGCUAUACAGAUGCUCAACUUUCUGAUGAAGUAUCUGGAUCCCAAGAGUAUUUGUUCUGAGCUAGAGCUUAUAUUCCAGGAGCUGGAGAAACACCAGAAAGAUCAGAUGCAUUUUGUCAGAAUGGCUGCAUACGAAACCAUGAGAACAGCAGAGAGAUUAAUAGGAGAGGCAGAUCCGAUGGUGGAUGCAGAGAACUGCAACAAGACCCGAAUCUCGCUCAGCGGAUCAGUCAAGUCUACACCAAGUCUGGGAGCACAUGACCCGUGGAGUGUUAACAGUAGACAUGACGGGAGUUAUGUAAACGCUCAAGACGAUGAAGAUGUAUUGUUUUGCGGUGUAGCCAGUGGAAGAACUGCUGUCUCAGGCUCUCCUUUGGUGACUUUUGAUGACCAUAACCAAAGAACCGGUUCUGUGAUCGAGAGUCCAAGAUUUGGAAAUCAGAUUCAUUUUUCUGGUGUUGAAGAUGAUAACAUAGAGUCAGUUUGGUUCCAUCAGAGGAACAGAAGCUCUGACUUUAACGAAUCUGUGGGUUCUAGGACCAAUCGCUCAAGACGUUCAAGACGAAACACGAAGAAGCGACAAUCAGGAGACAUGAGUUCGAUACAUCACAGGCACGGUUUCACACAAGAUCCAUUCACUGAGCUACUAGAGAACAGAAAGCAGCUGCAACAAUACAGUCAAAGCUCAUCAUCAUCAUCAAUAUAUGAUAGCUCUGGUACUACUACUCCAACCAACACAACAGAAGACAUCUGUGAGAAACCGAAGUCGGAUUUGGAUUCUGAGGCCAAACUCAAGACAGGAGACUCGAGAAUGAUCAGGAGCAAGCGUGUGUUGAGAUGGGGAUUGAGUUUCUUGUCAAUUGCAGUUGCAGGAUUUGCUUCUGUCAUGUGGGUGCAUCUGCAAGACGACAUGAUGCCUCCUUAUCUUGUUCCUACUUGA